AUAUCAACUCGGGCUAUGAUAAUUAGCCGGCACCAGUCUCGCUCGCCGGUGCCACUAUCGAUACUCCCCUCCCUCGACUCCCCGCUCUCAGAUCCCGAUCUCCGCCUGUAUCUCACCAUGGGGCUCAUGACCACCGGUUCGACCACGGAGGCUUCCGGCCUGAAGUUCCUGAUCUACGGCCGGACCGGGUGGAUCGGCGGCCUGCUGGGCCAGCUCUGCGAGACGCAGGGCAUCCCGUACGCGUACGGCUCUGGCCGGCUCGAGAACCGGUCCCAGGUGGAGGCGGACAUCGUGGCGGCAGCUCCGACCCACGUCUUCAAUGCGGCCGGGGUGACCGGCCGGCCCAACGUGGACUGGUGCGAGACUCACCGGGUGGAGACCAUCCGAGCCAACGUGGUCGGGACGCUGACGCUGGCCGACGUAUGCCGCGAGCGGGGGCUGGUGCUCAUCAACUACGCCACCGGAUGCAUCUUCGAGUAUGAUGACUCCCACCCGCUGGGAUCCGGGAUCGGGUUCAAGGAGGAGGACACUCCCAACUUCACCGGAUCCUUCUACUCCAAGACCAAGGCCAUGGUUGAAGAGUUGCUAAAGAAUUAUGAGAAUGUUUGUACCCUCCGUGUUAGGAUGCCCAUCUCAUCAGAUCUUUCAAAUCCACGCAACUUCAUCACCAAGAUCACCCGGUAUGAGAAGGUUGUUAACAUUCCCAACUCCAUAACAAUCUUGGAUGAACUUCUCCCCAUCUCCAUUGAAAUGGCAAAGAGAAAUCUCACCGGGAUCUGGAACUUCACCAAUCCUGGUGUAGUUAGCCAUAACGAGAUUUUGGAAAUUUAUAGAGACUACAUUGAUCCAAACUUCACUUGGAAGAACUUUUCUCUAGAGGAGCAGGCAAAGGUGAUAGUUGCCCCUCGGAGCAACAAUGAACUUGAUACCACCAAGUUGAAGAACGAAUUCCCAGAGCUUCUGUCCGUCAAGGAGUCCCUGAUAAAGUAUGUGUUCAAACCAAAUCAGAAGACUCCUGCUGUCUGAAAAUUGAAUAUCUGUUUGCUCAGGUGCUUCUGAAUGUAGUUGUUUCCUUUUUUCUGAUGAGAAUGGACGUAAUUGUGUUUUAAUUUGUGAUGGCCUAUCUAUUCAUGAAGUAAUAACAAUGAUGGUUGAAACCAUGUCGCAGCCCUUUU